AAGUCAGCUGCCUCCUAAGGAGGGAGAGGAGCGGGUUCAGGGAUCAGCUGGAUCAGAGAGUUCCCAGGGACCGAGGGAGCUUGUCAAGGUCCCAGAGAAGAACUUAUGCCCAGCUGCUGUGACAUAGCAAUGACCUCUUCUUUGUCGCUGCCCAAUGGAGAUGACACAACAGACUUUUGCAUUUUAACAUUUGCAGACCUAGAGCUGAAAGAUCACACUCCUUUUCCAUGUGAGAGCUACCUGAAAGCUGGAUUAGAUGCCAGCGCUCGAAAGAAGUAUGCAUCCGCAAAGAAGAAGGCAUUUGCUCUCUUUGUCAAAGCCAAGGAAGUGGUGGCUGACACUUGCUGUCCUAUGUCUGCUUGCCCAGGGACACUUUAUUGGCGAUGCUGCCAACAGACUUUCAAAGACCUGACUGGCAUUCACAGGCAUGUAGCGGCUCAGCAUUCAGGCGAUGUGGGGCAGCAAACAUCUGUUAUCCUAAAGCAGAUGGCAGCCAAUAGCAGUGUCACAAGAAGCCCAGUUUCUGUGGAUGAAACGCCUAGGCCCAACAGGCCCCAGUAUAGAAACCAAGAGAUGUUUCAGAAGCUCCCAGAUACAAGCCAUAUUGAUGCCAAUGAAAUGACAAGUGAGGACGGGCAAGUUUUGCUUUACUAUUGUUACUGCGAGGUGGCAGAUCCUGGGGGACUCUGUGAGUGGCAGAGGGCUUUAUGUCAACAUCUGCAUCUCACUGGCAAGGUGCGAAUAGCUUCCGAAGGAAUUAAUGGAACUGUUGGCGGGAGCAAGGGGGCUGCCAGCCUUUAUGUGAAUGCAAUGCUGUCUCAUCCCCUCUUCAGAGGCAUUUUGACCAGGGAGGAUUUCAAGACCAGUGCAGGAGGGGCUCACUGUUUCCUAGACCUCCGGAUUGGUGUCUUUGAAGAAAUCGUACCCAUGGGAAUCGACCCAGAGAAAGUCUCUUACAAGGAAACAGGAAUCCAUUUGACUCCAAAGGAGUUUCAUGUAGAAGUGGCGAAAUAUCUCUCUCAAGGUAACGAAGGGCAGGCGGACACAAUUUUGCUGGACUGCAGGAACUUCUAUGAAAGUAAAAUAGGACAUUUCCAAGGUUGUCUGGCUCCGGACAUCAGGAAAUUCAGCUACUUCCCCACCUACAUAGAUGAAAACUUGCAUCUGUUCAGGGGCAAGCGGAUCCUGAUGUAUUGCACAGGAGGAAUCCGUUGUGAGCGGGGCUCGGCCUACCUCAGGUCCAAGGGUGUAUGCAAAGGAGUGUACCAUCUCAAGGGUGGCAUCCACAAGUACCUGGAAGAAUUUCCGGAUGGGUUCUACCGAGGGAAGCUCUUUGUCUUUGAUGAACGUUACAGCAUCUCCUCCAACAGUGAUGUGAUUUCAGCCUGCCGCUACUGCGGGAUGCUCUGGGACCAGUAUCGACUGUGCUCCACCCAGCCCUGCCGCCAGCUCGUCUUGAUAUGUCCACAGUGCCAGCUGAAAGGCUUCACAGCCUGCUGCCCUCUGUGCCAGGAAAAAGGCCUGGCAUUGGCUUCAACUCUUUCUGGACAAGCCUUCAAGGAGGAGUGUGAGUGCACUGGUACACGACAGCGGGUGCCGGUGGAAUGCAUCUAACAAAGAGCCCCCUGCAAGCAUUCCUCUUUGUGGACAUCUGCUUGGGUGGGGGGCAAGUCCCAGCUAUAUUUUAAUGGGAUUUGGGGAAAUCAAUGCCAUUCACCAGCUUUGCAGACCUCCAGAUUCUGGCUGUUAGUCAGGGCUUCAUUGCAAUGCUAACUUCCUCUCCAGAACAAAUUACUGGUGCAAAACACAUGCACAGUAAGAAAACUCCCAUGGUGCUACAUAACCAUUUCCUCCUGUGAGGCGAUUUUCCCUUCCUUUCCAAUGUGAUAUGGAGUGCCGACAGCAAGCAUCACCACUUGGCUUAUCAGAGCAUGGGCAAGAACUGCAGAGCCACAUAAAGGAUUUCCAGGAAGGAAAAAGCCCCACACCAGCAUGUAGCCUCUCCCCUGUAUGCGCAUCGGGAAUCCAUGAUGUGCUCUGGCUUCCAGCAGAUGUGUAGCAUGUAUACAUGUAGUGAGUUGUAGUUGCAGACACAGUAUAGGCUGUGAUCUACCUACAAGUUUCACAGUCUUUCCUCCCAAAGGGUGCAUUUUGGGGAGGAAACCGUUUGCGGAGUGUCCCCCUCCCUGGCCCUUUUCAGGCAAGAGAUCUGCAGUGUCCUCCCACCACCACCAUCGCCACAGAAAAGAGAUCUGCCCAUUCCCUGGUGCAAGCAUAGCAUUUGCUCACAUUCACAGUUCUUAGUCCAUCAAUCCAACUCCCAAAUGCUGGCAAUACAGCAGGGAGUGCAGAACAGGGAGUGUGCUGGUGUUCGGGUCAGCGAGUCCUCUAAAGAGUUUUGGUCCCUGGGACUGUUGGCAUGCUUUGCUGGAUGCUGGCACUACCUGCGGCAGUAAAAGUACAUUAAAGUGGCCCUUAGUGUGGGAUGAACAUGGGGAUCUGCAGAGGUGGUCUGUGGCUUGUGAAAAUCAGAUGAGCUAAAGGCAGAAUCUGCCCAUUGCAGGUAGCCAGACUUGAUCUUGGGAAAUGUAGAUUCAACUCCCUCCUCUCCUAGAUAACCCUUACACUCUCAGUACGCUGAGAAACAGAGUAAAAUCCACAUUAACCUACCUUGCAGGGCUAUUGUGAAGGCAAAAUUAAUAGAGGUUGCAAAGGAUUUCAGAUUGUAAAAGGGCCAUGCUAAAGCAACCAAUUUUGCAAGGGGACCAGGAAAAGGGGCUUAAAAAUAACGUGAAAUGCGUGAAUCUCUAACGGACUUGAAACGUAAAAUGGUUUUUAAAAGCAGCAAUUUGGAAUAUGUUGUACAUGCCUAGUCAGUAACUACAUUUCCAGGAGGGCCAUUUGGAAAAUUGAGUGAAAAGAUGAGGGUCAAGGCCCCGGUUCCAUACCCCCGGAGUGGCCUUUUGGCAAUUCUUGUUGCUAGAGACGUCACUCACUCACAAGCUGUAUUUUGUCCAUGGGUUGUCUAUGGAUGGUGGUAACCAAUAGCCCGGGGGGGGGGCUUCUGUUGCUGACUAGCAGCUGUAUGAAUAUUUGCAUACAGACAGUUCAGCUCAUGCAUACAGACGGCAACAAUUCCAGCAGUGGGGAAGAAUCCUGAGAUUUGUAAGUUUGUUGAUCUGCAGAAAGGCCAGGGUGGGGUGGGCAGAUGCAAGACUUGUCUAGGUUCAGGCAAGUAGGCAGGUCAGUGCAAUAUGAUACCUCUUCCCAGAGCUGAUAAACGCAGGCACUUGCCCUCUGAGGUUCUUGGGAGGGUCUCCAUAGUUCAUUGCAAUCAAGACCCCGUCCCUCCCCUUUGGCCAGCCAAAGACAUUUGAGUUGAAUGCAGUGAGAGUGCUUUCAAACUGCCUCCACUGCUGUAGAAAUGUUGCUUGUCCCAAAACUUUGAAAUGUCCAUACAGUAACCUUGAGCCACCUCUUCCAAAAAUUUGGAAAACUUGGCAUUUUAAUUCACCCGUGUUGAUCUUGCAGCCCAAGGUAACAGUGACUAUUGCCAACACCACAUUCCUUCUCUCUCACCCCCCCCCUCUGCAGCAUAGCAUGUCUGUUAGGAAAUUAAAGGCUGCUAGUCAUGAUGGCUGUAUAUUACCCUCAGGAUCAGUGAGAGGCAGCAUGCCUCUAAUACCAGUUGCUAGGGAACCCCUUUAAGGAGAAUGCUGUUCUCCUCAUGUCCUGCUUGUAGGCUUCCUGUAGGCAUCUGAUUUGCCACUGUGGGAAACAAGAUGCUGGACUGCAAAGGCCUUUUGGUCUGGUCUAGAACUAACUUGGCUGCAUUGGGUCCUAAUCAUAACUAAUGUUAGUCAGAUCAAGCUUACAAAGAUAUGCUUCCAAUCUUUGGUGAAAUCUCAGAACCAAGAGAAGGUGCGGAAUGCGAUUUCUGGUUGUAGCGGGAGAGGCUUCAUGCCUCUGCUUAACUCCUUGCCACUCCUCAUAACUAGGAGAAGCAGAAUUAUGCAGAAUAGCAACAACUGCAGAAUAAAUUAUGCACAAGAAGAAAUAUCAUGCUUGCAUUUCCAUAAUGUAUAUAGGUUGUAGAUACCAGAUUUUCUUGGUGUAGAAUUUUGGUUGGUGGUACAAAAUACACACAACCUUGGCUUAGAUGGGAGGCUGUUUGGAAAGGGAGAAAAACUGCCCUGUUCUUUGGUGUCUAGGAGCAUGAGGUUAGGUGAGGCUCAAUCAAGAUGUACCUCUGGGAACUGCUCGAAGUAUAGGCAGAAUUGGGAGGACAUAUUGCAAACAUUAAAAAAAAACUAUGCACAUUUUCAGCAUAUAUAGUUGUAAUCAGUACCUCCUUGCAACUACAAACAAACCCUCUGGACUCCUGGGUAUGUAAACGGGAAGAAAACUUGAGGAGCUGAGAGCUCUUUCAACUAGAUGUGGCAUACUUUUAGCUUUGGGCUCCAGGAUGUGAUCCAGGGUUUGCACAGCUUAACAAGGCACUAAUCAUAUUCAGAUUCUUCCAGCAGGAAAAGUCCAGUAUCUAUUUUUAGCCAAUGUUAUUAUGAGCUUUAUUAAUGCAUAAUUUACAAGCAGCACAACAUUACAAGACUGGCUGCAAUGCAUCAGGCACUGUUAUGAUGCACCUACCAUUCACUUUAAUGGGUUACACAGACAGCUCCGUGUCAUGUAUGAAGAUUCUGCAUCCACUGGCUGUGAGCCAAGCUCUACAUGGUAUAAUACACUGACCCCACUUUCCUAUUGAUUUUUUAGAACUCUUUGGUCCUUCACUAGUAGAGAGGCCAUAUUGUGACCCUGUUGCCAGGGGAGGAAAUGUUGCACCCAAGUACAUGGCACCCUCCUUCAGCAAAAUUGUGACAGCUAGGAAGGUUGGAGGCAACACAAGUCUCCAAAUGUCCCAGUGAUUGUGUGCAAAGUGCAAGAUCAUCCUUCCUUUUGCAGCAUGCAAAAGCUUUUGAGGAGAUGUCAGGACAGUGAGACUACCUAGUCCUCAUUACCAUUACAAGGUGAAAAGGUCUAUUGGUCUCUUGCCCAGGCACUAACCCAGUGUCCCAAUCACUUCAGUACAGAAAGAAUGAAGUGCGUCAAGUAGCCUCUGCUUUAGAUGGAGCUUUCGGGCAUCAGACCCUGUGCAGCAGCUUUCCACAGAAGAUCCAUUUGAUCAAAGGGAUUGUCCUUAGUAGCUCAUUUGUUCAGAAAUCUACAAGAACAGUGAGGGCUAUUCUUGAAACAGAACAGACGUGUAAUAAAGCAGUCAUCCACAAGAAUAAAGAGUCUAGAAACUGUCAUACUUAUUAGUAGAUUUAAGAGAACAACAUGCAAAUUCACUAUUUUAAGGUCUUUAAUUCUUCAGCAAAAGAGAAACGACCAACAUCCCAAUCAGCAGCUGUCUUUUUCUUGUGACUAUUGCUUUGGAAAGAAGAGUGGCCUCACAUUCUUUCUGUUGGGUAUACAUACUUUAAGAAUAACAGAUGCUUUAAAAACUGGGUUGCAAUGUAUGGCUGUGGAUAUUAGCUGACUUCAAUUCACAAGUCCUUAAAUAAUAAUGAUGUACAUUGGGAUGAUAGAAAUGCUGUCAAACUAGUAGCUUCUUUAUAAUCCUUGAGAUUGUCAAUAAAAUAAAAUAUUUUUUUAACAUUUCUGCUAC